AUGGUUUUAGUAUCUUUCAGAAUAAACAUGGGAAACUUCUUGCUGGACAUGGAAGGCAGGCCCAGCUGGCUCCUGGCAUGUCACGAGCGGUGGAAUCUUUCCUUGGGGACUCUGAUCUGUAGGCAGCUGGGAUACCUCCAACUAGCCCAUCACAAAGGAGUGAACCUGACAGAUGUCAAGGUGAAUGAUACGCAAGAGUUGGUUCAGAUUGUGCCCAACCAGAAGAGCAGCAUUGAAGACUUGUGGCAGGUCAGGUGGUGUUUGGGGGCACCAGGUUCACAUUUCUCCCCCUUUGCAGAGUGUGGCCUGCGCUCCAGUGCUGCCCGGAUCAUGGGCAGAAGCGAUGCCCCGUUAGGACGCUGGCCGUGGCAGGUCAGCCUGUACCUCAAUUCCAGACACAUCUGCAGAGGCUCCGUGGUGGCGCACGACUGGAUCAUCACAGCUGCUCACUGCGUGCACAAUUACAGGGGGCCUCAGGUCUCCAGCUGGCUGGUCUUUGCUGGGGUUAUGGCCCACAUGUCAGUUGCCCAGCAUGCCCGGGUGGCGGUGGAGAAAAUCAUCUACCACCCCCGCUAUGACGACAGGAGUCACGACUAUGACAUCGCACUGAUGAAACUCACAGCGGCCUUAAACUUCUCCCUAGGAAGCCUCCCCACCCCCUAUGGCACCAGCCCGGCACCCACCCAGCCCCCAUGCAGGCUCCCAGGCGCCCCCCAGCCCAGCCGGCUCGACCCCGUCCACUGCCGCAUGCACCAGCCCGGCUCCCCGUCCCCGCCCCCUCGCCGCUGA